AAAUUGAAGUAUUAAAAAAUCAAAACAAAAAAAUUUUGAUUAGGGAAUAGAAAUCGGAUUAUAAUGUGAUUUUAGUUUGAAUUAUCAAGAUAUAUGGUUAUGUUGGAUUUGAUAAUAAAAUGCUUCCAUCUGUAUAGUCGAUAAAUGCAACGAAGUUUGUGAAAAUGCAAGCUACAUGCUUACAAUGUACAAGAACACCUUCUGGACUUUCUUACAGAAUAGUCAGGGACUCCUGUGGGCAUGAAAAAUGUAGACAGUGUCUGCUGGAAGAUGAGGAUCAUUGUAAACAGUGUGUUCAAAAUACACACUUUCUGGAUAAUAGCAAUAAAGCAAUAAAAACUGACCAAAAUAAGUUGGUGAACUGUGACAAAAUUUCUGUUAAUGGGAACUCUCACAUUGAACUUGAACAAGUAGUGCUUAAUAAUCAUACCGCCGUAAUCCAAGUCAAUGGAAAUAUUCCUAAUAAAAUAGCUAUAAAUGGUGAUAAUACUCUGACUACAAUUAAAUCCAAUGUAUCAGCAGAUACAGUAGACAUUGUAAAUAACAAUGAAAAUAGUUUUGGUACAGAAAACAGAGAUAUAGUUGCCAUCAAACCAAAAACAGUUGAAAAAAAUAAGAGGAGACCAUACAAUUUGAUUGAAAUUCCUAAACAUAUAACUGAGAUUGCAGAUUCUUCAUCAUAUCACUGCACAAUAUGUAAUAAAAAGUUUUCCACCAAAACUCACAUCAAAUAUCAUCAGUAUUGUGAAGCUGGAGUUUCCAAGCCAUACAAAUGUAAAAUUUGUAACAAGGAAUUCAUUCUGCUUUCACAACUUGAUGUUCAUUCCUACAAACAUGAAUCAAAGAAACCUUAUUCAUGUACAACAUGCAAGAAGGCAUUCAGUACUAGAAGCAAACUGGUACGCCACAAUUCUAUACAUUCAAUUGUUAAAAGUCACAUUUGUUCUGAAUGUGGCAAUGCAUACCGCAGCAAAGAAUCUCUCAAGAUUCAUUCAAUAAUUCAUAGAGGGGAGAAGCCCUAUGAUUGCAGCUUAUGCUCUGCAAAGUUCAGCAAUCAUUCAAAUUUGAACAAACAUAUGGCAGUUCAUUCAGAAGAGAAGGCUCAUAUGUGUGACCAAUGUGGUAAGAGAUUCAAACUGAAAUGGGCUCUGACUGUGCAUAGAAGAUCUCACCUUAGGAUUAAGCCCCAUGAAUGUAAAGUUUGUAUGAAAGCAUUUGUGAAUAACAAGGAUCUUCAGAGGCAUGCUCAAAUCCAUCAAGAGACGAAGUCGUUCAUGUGCAGCAUAUGCUCGAUGAGCUUCCGCCGGCAGGACAAUCUGCGCCGCCACAUGAAGAACACGCACCCAGGUAAGCAGGGCGCGGUCCUGAGGCGAGCCGCCCCCGCUGCCCCAGCCGCCUCUCCCCCACCGCCCCCCAAAGAUCACCCCAACGCCGUCAACGUCAUAACGACGAACGCCGUCAACGUCAUAACGACGCACGCGACCGCCCGUCUCGGCGGUGGCGGCGGCGAGAGGCGGCCAGAGGCUGGGGCGGCGGGAGGCAGGAGGCUACCUUCCGUUGUUCGAUCUGAUUGCAGGACGACCGUUGCCGCCGCUGCCGCCGCCAGCGCCGUCAGGGUCAUCAACGGGCCGAUCAAGUUGGCGUUUAAGACGCCGGCUUUCAAGAGCGCUCACAAUAUUAACGGAGGUUUCGACAAUGUAUCAAGUUCUCACAGCCAGAUCGCCUACGAUAUGGCGGAGUCCGUAGACAUCUGCCAGAAGAUCCUCGAUCCCAGCGGUCUGGCAACACAGCAGCGCCACGUCGUCCGCCCGGCGGAGCCCACCACGCAGGAGAUCUACCAGAGGAUCCUCGACCCGAACUCGACCAGGCCGCUGCACUACGAAACCUCCUUCCAGAAUAAGAAGCACGCCAUGAUUAAGAACAUCAAGUUCAAGGUGCCGGCUUUGUACACGAAUAAUUUCAAGGAGAGUGAGAAGGGGGAGUCGAAGAUGUAUACGGAGUUGGGGCCCGCAGCUGUGACUAGCGUUAUAGUGAAUAACAAUUCGGGUAAAAGUGAUGGUGGUGAAUUUGGUCAGCAUUCUAGUAUCCAUUGGCGAAGGAGGACUUCGCAAAACCUUGUAUUGAAAGAUUGAGAGAGUUAUUUAUUGAGACUGUGUUUUUGGUAAUUUUUUUCAUUCUGUAGUUGGUAAGAUGCCAAAUUGAAUUGUUAUUGAAAACUGUAUGUUAAACAUCGUAGUUUCUUGUGAAAUACUUGAUCAUGAUAUUUAAACUAAGUUUUAUCAUUGUUCUUGUUUCUGUACACCAUUAAUUUCAAGGAGAGUGAGGAGGAGUCGGAAACGUACACGGAGUCAGUGCCCUCAGUUGUAGCUUACAAUUUGGGUAAAAGUGAUGUUGAACUUGGUCAGCAUUCUAGUAUCCAUUGGCGGAGGACUUGAAACCUUGGGUUGAUAGGAGACUGUGAUUUUGGUUAUUUUUGUCAUUCAAGCAGAUGAAGUGGAAACAGUCCACGCACGUGUUAAACACAAAGCACAAUGAUAACACCACCAUGCAUUGUUUUGCCACUGUGAACAAAAAAUUGAAAUUUUCAACUCAAACCCUGUGUCGCUAACAGUUUUAGCAUUUUCAGGGGACGAUUCUUCAUCAGUUAUUCGCAUCAUAAUGGGGAAGACCACUGAGGGAAGAAAUCCGUGCAAACCUCUUUCAAUCGACGAAUCAUGAUUUAUAUUUUAUGUACAAUCAAUAUUAUGAGUUGAAGUUGAAGGGAAUCGAAUCUAUAUCGUUUUGAAAUCAGCAUAUUUCAUUCGAUAUUUCAAACAGCCAAAUAUGAUGGUGGAGUCGUGACGUAUUAGUCCCGAACUAUAGCUAUCUCUCUCUGAUACCUCGUCAUUCUGCAGUGUUGCAGUGUAAUUGGUCAGUUCAAGGACAAUAGGCGUGUUGGGACUAAGACGUCGCACCAGUCACACCA